AUGUCAGCCACCACCACUGCCGUCCUCUCAAAGGUAAGGCGGAUGAUUCCGCCAAUGCUAGAAAAGUUCCAUAAAGGACAGCUCGGCCGAGUUGCUGUCAUCGGCGGCAGCCAGGACUAUACCGGUGCACCGUAUUUUUCGGCCAUGGCCAGUGCGAGGCUAGGGUGUGAUCUAUCCCAUGUGAUUUGCACACCAGCUGCUGGAGCUGUUAUCAAAACAUAUUCUCCCAAUCUAAUGGUUCAUCCCUUGAUGAGACAAAGCCCCUCCGAACCGCAGGAAUCAGCCGAGUCGGAGAAGCCUACCAGCGCGGACAAAAUUGCGUCCCCAAUCAUCGACAUGCUUGCUCGCCUCCACGUUCUCGUCAUCGGCCCAGGACUUGGUCGUGAUCCGCUCAUGCAGGACACAGUUAAGCAUGUUAUUUGUGCGGCAAAAGAUAAGGGAAUUCCGAUCGUUCUCGACGCUGAUGCCCUCCAACUUAUUCAAAAAGACUUGAACAUCGUCAAAGGCUACACAGAGGCAGUGCUGACGCCAAAUGUGGUGGAAUUCGAUCGCCUCUGCAAGGCAGCGGGCGUAGAAAGCAGCGACAGCGACAGCGAAACACAGCGAGUAGAAGCUCUGGCCAGUGCCCUAGGAGGUGUCACUAUAAUACAAAAGGGAAAACACGACUACAUAUCGAAUGGCAAGAUUACCAUGACGGAUGAUCUCGAGGGCGGCAAGAAGAGGAGUGGUGGUCAGGGUGAUACCCUUACAGGGAGCAUUGCAACGUUCCUUGCAUGGAGGAAAGCAUACAUCGACCGGCUCUGGAAUGACCCAGAGACGCCUUGUCUUGACAAGCAUGAAAUGAUUGGGCUGGCAGCGUUCGGAGGAAGUGCAGUUACAAGAGAAUGUUCUCGAAUUGCCUUUUUGAAACGUGGCAGGAGCCUACAGGCAAGCGACCUCACAGACGAGAUUCACAACGCUUUCAUGGGACUCUUUGGUGAGAUCGAUGAUGAUGACAAUUCGUCCAAGCUUUGA